GGAGAGGCAGAUCCUGCCCCUGAAACCAUGGGGCCUGUCAGCUACUCAUCAGAGACCUAUGACUUGAAGGCUGGGAAUGGACCUGGAAGGCAGUGGGCAGCAUGCUGGCUGCACCCACAGUGCCACAGCUGGCCUCACACUCAACAGGGGCCACUCAAACAAGAGUGUUCCCCCUGCCCCAAAGCCAGCAACCAUGCAUCUGCAGCAUCACUGAGAAAGUCCCCUGGCGGUGCCCUGCUUUAGAUUUAAGGAUCUUGUCCCAGCCAAUGCAUUGCUGCAUUUCUGUGUGCCAGUCAUUCCUGACACAGAGUCCAGAGCCAGGCGGAGCUGAGUGGUUACUACGAGGCUGAGAACACAACCCCUUCUUUGGAGGGCUACUUUUGCUUCAAUCCGGCCUCAUCUGUGGUUGGCAACCAGAGAGACCCCUUCAGAAAGGUCUUUAUGCCCCUCAUCUAUCUGCUUAUGUUUGUGCUGGGAACUGUGGGCAAUGCCCUGGUCCUGGUCAUUUUAGAGAGGUUCAAGCGGUCUCGCACAACCACGGAAAACUUCCUCUUCCACCUCACCCUGGCCAACCUGGCACUGCUGCUCACCUUCCCCUUCAGUGUGGUUGAGAGCUUGGCCGGGUGGGUAUUUGGGACUUUCCUCUGCAAGAUCCUCAGUGCUGUCCACAAGAUCAAUUUCUACUGCAGUAGCAUGCUGCUAGGGUGCAUUGCAGUAGACCGCUACCUGGCCAUCGUUUACGCAAUCCACACCUACCGCAAACGUAGAGCUCGCUCCAUCCACCUCACCUGCAUGGCGGUCUGGCUCUGUUCCUUGCUCUUGACCUUACCCGAUCUCAUCUUCAUGGAAGUCUGGACAGAUGAGAGCAACCGCAGCAUUUGCUAUUUUCCAGAGAUUGGGAUUCAUGGCAACAACGCGUGGCUGGCAACCCGUUUCCUGUACCACACCGUGGGUUUCUUUGUGCCCCUUCUGGUCAUGUGUUAUUGCUACAUGGCCAUCGUCCGGACUCUGUGUCAGUCCCAACGCCUGCAGAGGCAAAAAGCUGUCCGCGUAGCCAUCCUGGUCACAGGUGUGUUCCUGCUCUGCUGGAGCCCAUACCACAUCGUCAUCUUUCUGAACACACUUACCAAGCUAGAAGCCUUCACCAAGAACUGCCUCCUGGAAGACCAGCUGGACACAGCCAUCAUGGUGACAGAGGCCAUCGGCUUCACACACUGCUGCCUCAACCCCAUCCUCUAUGCCUUCAUUGGGGUCAAGUUCCGUAACGACUUCUUCCGUAUCCUGCAGGAGCUUGGCUGUAUAAGCCAGGAGACCCUACAGGAGAUCCUGGAGGUGACCAGGAAGGGCAGUGGAAUCGAGUCUGACAACACCACCUCUAUCUCCACUUUCUAACUCAGAAAGGCUGCUGCAGGGCAGAAGUGACCUAUGGUGUGCCUGUUUGGUGGCACACGUGCUGUGGCCUCAGUCCUAAGUUUCACAAGUGUCCCCACCAUUCUCUUUACUCCUCAGGAAACAGAUCUAAUAGCCACCUAACACCCAAAUCCCACCAGAUACCUUCCCUGGAUCCUUCUGGUUCACAUACAUUCAGAAAUCUGUCUGGCAGCUGUUGGCAAAUGCCUGAUGGUCACACUGACAGGGCUGGAUGAACACAGGCAGGUUGAACCUGAUAUCACCACAUCUCCCUCAAAAAAAAUUGACUGCAGCUGUCCUGUGCACACAGCCAGACACAGGACUGGGUUGCCGGGGUUGGGGGGGAGGGGGUAGGAAAAAAAGCACAGCCAAGUAAAGGUGGAGUCAUGUCAGUGAGCAAGCACUGAGGACAAAGAUGAAGCAAGUUCCCAUUUCACCUGCUCAGGUCACUAGACAUGCCCAAAGGAAGCAGUGGGACUCAAUCACCACGGCAGAUAAAGUCAGAGAUGCAAGCAGGACCAGCAGGGGACACAGAACUCAUCCCAGUAACACAGGCGCACCACAGUGCCAGUCUCUGGCUGGAAUAUCAGUCUUCCUGCUGUGUGACAUCCUGCAGCCCAGUCACAGCACACUGAUCUUCCCAGCUCAGCUCAUGCCAGGAGGCUGGGUUGUGGACUCAGACUUGACUGCCGCAGAUGCCUUUCCUGACACCAGCCACAUCCUUUCCUGUUCACUUGAUCUGUUGCACUGCUGUUCAUAGAAUCAUUUAGGUUGGAAAAGACCUCAAACAUCAUCAAAUCCAACUGUUAACCUAACACUGCUAGUCAUAGCUCCAGUGAGCAACCAGAUGAAGUAAAGGCCUGACUGUUCAAAAGCUUUCUUUUAAGGAAGGUGACUGUCUGAACAGAUGGCUUCAGUCUUGUGACUGAGCACAGAGAUGAAGAACCACAUCUUUAGGAGGCUGAAGGUGUCACUUUUUUUUUUUGGCAACUGGUUAUACAGUGCUUUGUGGGUUCUGAAAGGAGGAGACCCAUUACCUCAGAGUAAGGUAGAACAUGGAAGGAAGAGCUAAUUUGCAUUAUUUCUGUUUGGUUUUAGCAGGCCGAAUGGGAACAUGGCAUUUUGCUUAGCGCUGUGCUUUCAGAUAUUCUUGCUCUACCUGCAUGCACGGAGCCUUUAGAUGUUGAGUGCAUCAAGGUUUACACAGAACAAACCUGAGCAUUGAUUUUGCCUUGAACCAUGAGUAUCCAGCAACUGCCUGGAUCAGGGCUUCUCAGUAACAAGUCGGUCCAAAACAAAAGUGGCAGCUCAUUAUUACACCACAAGCUAGCAUGUAGGGCAGCCCUAACAGACUUGUGCAGCCUGCUGUUUCCUAGUAGGCCUUGUCACAGUAACGUGUCAGCACACACACAGCAUUGCUUCGUUACAUUUCUCUUAUUAGCUAAACAUUGCUUUGGCCUAAACUGAAUGAUAGUCACACACACAAACUGUCACAUGGGAACAACCCUAACCACGAGCACACGUUAAAAUCUGCUGUACCACUCACCUCACUGUUUAUGCAAAGUUGGAACAAGGGCAGUUCUACUGCUGCAGCGGGGAUUUUGUGCUAAAAUCCCUUCUGAAGUUCAAUCCACUAACAAAAAGCUCAGUUACAACCUAACCUCACCACAACCAAGGGCCACGCUGCAAAGAGCAAUAAUUAAGGACUGGGUCACUUUAGACUAGUCCAGCUCAGGCAGAGAUCUGAAUAAGUUGUCUACAGAUUCUGACACGACAAGAAAACUCCCCAAAUGUAAGGCCUUUAUAGAAAGAACAGUCUGCCAUUUCCUGCAGCGCUGCAUCUUUGAAGCUGAAACCUUCAGGUAAUGGUGGCUGUGGCUGUCCAAGCACGAACAGCAGAGGAAGAGCUGCUCUUUGAAGCCUGCCCUUGCUACCUCUACAGUUGUACCAGUGAACGAACCCAUGCAGACGUGUUGUAAACACCUCCCUAGCCCCAGUCUAUAGGAACUAUGUCCUUACACAAACAUUACUGAGGAAUUGAACAGUCAGAGUGUAAAUCCUUACAGCAUUCACAGAGUAAAGGGAAAAUCUACACACAAAAUAUGGGUGAACAAAUUACGCAUCUAUUGUUACUAUGGUGUUUAGCACUGGCAUGUCAGUAAACUUUUUGAAAGUUUACGAGAGCUGGAACAAACAAAUAAAGUACUAUCUCUUCCCACAUACGGUGCUUGUAAGCAGUUGCCUGCAUUUGUGUCACUUUGAGAAGGGAAAUGCACCUGCAAAUGGAGUAGGUUGAUGGCACGUUCCUGCCACGCGUCCCCCUUUGCGCAGGGACCCAAGAGCUCACAGAGAGCAAAGGCUCUAUUGUGUUCAGAGACCAUCAAGCCCCGCGUUUAGCUCGCUGUUACAGACUGCCCCAGCAGCUGCUGCCAUGAGGGGAGAACCACCCCGGGGCUAGUGUUUGGCCAGACUGGAAGCUGGCAGACCACGAGGGUGGACUUUGCUCCUGCAGCAACCUGCACGUUGGCUUGGAGGGCCUGGGAGCCAGAUACAGACAGACACAGAGCUGGGGGAGGGAGAGCCCAGAGCGACCUCUGCCAUUGCAGGGCUCUCCCCAGCCACCUUCCAUCCCUACUGCAUCAAGCCAGCUGUUGUUUCAGUUGCCCUGCUUCCUCUCAUGAUUGCAGCUGAGCUGGGUAUGCAGCAAGAGGCCCACAUCUGUGGCUGUGCUGGAAAUGAGAAAGAGAUGAGACUGCCUUAAUUCCCAUCGGCAAGUUCGGAUGCUGCCCUGUGGGUCUCACCUCUGUCCUCAGCUGGGCCCUAAGGACUCACUCAGUCUGUUGAAUGGCAACAUGAAGCAGCAAGAGGAACUCUCCUUCACCACCCAGGAAGCUGGGCUUUCCACUCCCCAGGGCCCAGCCCAGCCCCACAGAGUGACGCAGAAAGGCACCGCUCCUGGCGCAUGCCGGAGAGGGACAGUGCCGAGCACUGCGACGUGGCUCCCGCAGGGAGGUGACGUCCACACCACCACAGCAUACCCAGCCCUGUGUGACCCCAGCCCUGGGCACCGCUCCGCAACAGAGGCUGGAGCGGACAGCCCACAAGCAGCCCUGGUGCUCACCAAAGGGGCCACGGAACAGCUCCCAGGGCAACAUGUUGCUCCCUCUUUCCUAUGGGGUGACUGAGCUGCCCAGGAACUGUAGCUUGGUUGUUUUAGUUAGUAGAGAUCCCGCUGCGCACAGCGACCGUGAGGCUGUGGCAGGCAGUGAAGCACACACCAACAGGCGUGAGGCAGGGAACGCAUGAGUGACUGCGUGCCUGGGAGCGCUGCAGAGCAGGGGCUCUCCCCACACCCUUGCACAGCUCCAAUGCCCCCACCCGCUGCAACUCGCACAGAGUUUCAUUUUCCUUAUCAAGGCAACAACCUACUGCCUUCCCCCAAUCUCCCAGUGGGAAACAAAUGCUCAAGCACUUCAGCGUCCACACUGCUGACUUCUGCAUCUUCCUCAUCCUGGCUCUGGACAUGCAUCACCCCCACCACCCAGACCCACGCGCUUGGUUCUCGGCAGCGUCUGCUACCCCUGCUCCGCACGCAGGCAGCAGUGCAGCCCCUGCCUCAGCUCCAAGCAGUCUCCAUGAGCCCCAGCACAGGCCCCACACACUGCUGUAAUCCCAGCCUGCUCCAUUUGCUCCGGUUCUCCCCCAAAGAACGCAGCAGCUACAGCACACACGUUUUGCCAUGCUACGGGAUGCCCAGCACCAGAGGAAACCGUGGGGCUCCAGACGCUAGCAGACAGCAGGGGCAGCCAGUCCUAACCCUAGGUCACCUCUCCACCCUGCAGUCCUGUCAGGACCUUGAGUUAUCUCAGUGGUCCUGCCCAGCCACCUCCCAGCCCUGGGCAUGCCCACCUACCUGGAAGGUGUCCCGUUGCACCUCAUCCUGCCUAGGAGGUCCCCAGUCCCAGCCAGCAGCAGAGGCUGGUUGCUGUCUGCUGCAGGAAAGGCACAGCCUCAAGGCAGCAUCCACACCAAGCGCAGGUGUCCCAGGUCCUCCAGGAGCUCACAGACAUCUCAUGGAGACCAGGAGCUUCUCUUUAGAGGCACACAGCUGCUGCCUCAGCGGCAGGAGACGGGACCGACAGUGAUGGGAACAGUGCUCGCAGCUCAGCUUGGCACUGGACCCCUCACCCUUGCCCAUCCCUGCCUGGCACUAGAGGCUUGGAGCAGCCACCAGGCCAGGAUCCACAGCUAGGACAAAGGGACCAGCAGCAAGCAAGAGAAGAAAAUGAGGCUGCUUCUCCUGCGGCUGUUGAUUACUUGCAGCAGUUAAAGAACCGCCUCAAGCCACAGAAGCUAGAGGAUGGGCUAGCACAAGAGAAUGGGACAGAACAGCAGCACAGCCUGGACUUACACAGCAAAAUCCACAACACGUUAAGGAACCACGCCAAGCUACAUGGUCGCGUCUCGCUCAGUCCUGAGGGAGGGAGGCAUCACACAAGCAGCUCAUGAGGUCCAGAUCAUUCACUUAGCACAGACUGAACAACUGACCCUGCUGAGAGCAGGGGCUGCCCUAGAUUUCACAAGACGACUUCAACUGCAGUGAAGUCUCAGCAUAUAUUAGGCACAACUUUCACAUCCCAGAAGAACUCCUCUCCUCUCAAACAGAGUAGCCAACUGACAGAAAAGUAUUUAUAUUGGGUCCAGCUGGGCUCCCUUAUCAGCACCAACCUGCCACAGGUGACAUUAGCCGAGCUCCUCGAGGCACUACCAUGCUGUGCACACCUGCUUGCAACCCUGCAGAACAUCACACAGACCAUCGAAGACAGGCACAAGGUCAGGUUUUGAAAUUUGUCUUUUUAAUAAAAAGGCACCUAUAAAACAGGUCAAUACAUUACAGGCAGCACAGAUACCCAAAAACAAGCCUAAAAAUUGUUUCAAAUAAAAACCAAUAAGAUGUCUUCACAUAUUGUAUUUAUAUAUUUAUAUUUAUAUAUAUAUUUAUAUAAUGGUACAAAAUGACUGGGGAAGUUUCUCCAUGGGAUGACAGAGAACAGGUCAGUCACCAUUACCUCAAUGUGAAAGCUAAUUCCAGGUGUGUGAUUAUUUGAUGUACUGAAAGAUGCUGUUUCCCAACGUUUACUUUUCAGAGCCAGAAAAACAUUGCAAAGUCAUGGCUAAAACAUGGGCAAACCUUUUACUGUGAUUAGGUGGAGUCAGUACACAGAACUCAAGCUGAGAAGCCGAGCAAUAAACUACAAGACACAAGACUAGACACAGCUCACGGCAGCGGGUAAACUCUGCCCAGGUCUAACAAGGACUCGCUGUUACUUAGCUUCCAGAGAAGCUCCUGCCAUAAGUGCUGAUCUCGGGCACAGCUGGGAGCGGUGACCAGGCAGAAGGUGUUGUGCAGCACCUCAUCUCCCUGUGGUUCACCCAUCACAGCAGUCAGGGUAGGGCUGGCUGGCUUCAGGGCAGGGGGAUUUUGAGGAAGAGCCCUGACUGCUGCUCUGAAAUCCACAGCUCACAGCUGAAAUAAUGCCAGGAUUUCCCUUUUGUAUACAGGCCUGCUGAGUUGAAAGGGUUUGCUUCCUAGUAAUUUAUCACCGAAGGACAGAACUUCCUCCUGCCAUCAGGCUGCCCAUGCCCACGUGCAGGCAGCGGUGGCUUCUCCAGUGCUGCGGAGCAGUGCGCUGCGGGCUCGGGCUGACACAGGGACAACGUGCUGCUGACAGAGUGACGAGAUGGGGAGCCCUAGGCAACUUCUGAGUUGGGCUGGGUGGAGGGGACAACAGGGAAGGUACUGACAGGCAGAGAUCUUAACUGGACCAAAAUAACAGCUGUCUACAGACAAACAAAAAAGCUUUUUUUUUUUUUU